AUGGCUCCACUUAUUCUCAUAGAGAUGAAUGCUCAUAUCCAACGCUGCUGCCUUGAGCCUUUUCCCUUCAGCCUCACCGUGUACUUCCACAUCUCCAUCUACGGCGAGCCCUUGGGCCGCGUCUCCUUCGAGCUGUUUGCAGACAAAGUUCCAAAGACAGCAGAAAACUUUCGUGCUCUGAGCACUGGAGAGAAAGGAUUCAGUUAUAAGGGUUCCUGCUUUCACAGAAUUAUUCCAGGGUUUAUGUGCCAGGGUGGUGGCUUUACACGCCAUAAUGGCACUGGCGGCAAGUCCAUCUAUGGGGAGAAAUUUGAUGAUGAGAACUUCAUCUUGAAGCAUACAGGUCCCAGCAUCUUGUCCAUGGCAAAUGCUAGACCCAAAACAAACGGUUCCCAGCUUUUCAUCUGCACUACUAAGACUGAGUGGUUGGAUGGCAAGCAUGUGGUUUUUGGCAAGGUGAAAGAGGGCAUGAAUGUUGCACAAGCCAUGGAGGGCUUUGGGUCCAAGAAUGGCAAGACCAGCAAGAAGAUCACCAUUGCUGACUGUGGACAACUCUAAUAAAUUUGACUUGUUUUAUCUUAAAUUACCAGAUCAUUCCUUCUGUAGCUCAGGAGAGCACCCCCUCCAUCCCGUUUGCUCGCAGUAUCCCUAUAAUCUUUGUGCUCUCGCUACGAUUCUUUG